AUGUAUUGCUAACAACAUUAUUAAUUUAAUAUUAACCGUCUCAGGUUUAAUAGACGCACGGUCGUCAGUUACUAACUAAGUAGAAAAUUAUAUUAUGAUUAUGCAAUUAUUAGUUUUAUUGUGUGUGAAUCGAGUUCAAUAAAAUUAAAAUUUGUCAUUACACACUAAACACUUAUUCCUGGAAUCUUCCAGAGUUCCAGUAUUAAAAUAAUAAAAUGUUGGACACUUGGACUUCCUGUUGGCUGAUAACCAAUCAUCUUUUUAUCACAGAGAUUAUCUAGUAUCUUAUCAUUUAACUAUUAUGUUAUCAGACACGCUUUCAUCGUUCCGGCAUGUGUUCAUCAAUCAAUAUUAUUAAAUUUUUUUAAAUAUAUCUUACAAUAAACAUUAAGACCGACGUAACAUCAAAAUGGUUAGAAAAUUGAAAUUCCACGAGCAAAAAUUGUUGAAGAAAGUCGACUUCAUAUCAUGGGAACUAGACAACAAUUUACACGAAUUAAAAAUUAUGAAGAAAUACAUGAUUCAAAAACGAGAACAUUAUACUUUGUAUAAUAAGUUAUCUAGAGAAAUACGGACUGUUGCUGAAAAGAUUAAAACUUUAGAACCUAAAGAUCCAUUUCGAAAUGAACGUGGUGCUCAGUUAUUGGAAAAAUUAUACAUGAUGGGAUUAAUAACGACAAAAAGGAACUUUGAACUUUGUUCAAAGGUAACAGCAUCAUGUUUCUGUAGACGUCGAUUACCUGUUAUAAUGGUUCGGUCUAAAAUGGUUCAAACACUGAAAUCUGCUACUACCUAUAUAGAACAAGGACAUGUUCGAGUUGGCCCACAGUUAAUAAAAGAUCCAGCGUUUUUAGUAUCAAGACCUUUAGAAGACUUUGUCACAUGGGUGGAUAAUUCAGCUAUCAAGAAACGCGUUCUUGAGUAUAAUGACCUAAGAGAUGAUUUUGAGAUAAUGUAACAUAGUUUGUAAUUUACAUUAAUCGUAACUGAUAAGUUACUUUUUAAUUUUUAUACAUACGUAUUUUGUUAAAGUUACUAUAAAUAAAACAUGUUUGCAUUUAAACAUUUUGUGUUA